AUGUCCAGCGUGCUCUACUCGUCUGGUAUCGUCGCCUUGAAGGCCGGCAAAUUGGCGCCCAUUUGCAUGGCCAUGGUGUCGGUCGUCCUCUACAUGUACCGCUUCAUCUACGAAGAAGUGGUCACGGCGAUUCCCAUGAACGGCGGGUCGUACAACUGCCUCUUGAACACGACCUCGAAGCGCGUCGCGGCCGUCGCGGCUGUGCUGAGUACGCUCGCGUACACGGCGACGGCGGUCGUGUCCGGGACGUCGGCGUGCUACUACCUGCAGUUUGUGUUGCAGGCCAACGCCAACACGGUGCUCGCCAACUUGGCCGAGAUCACGGCUGGCAACUGGCUGGUCUGGAUCGUCUGCAUCGAUGCGUUUGUCGUCUUGUCUGGUGCCGUCUUGACGUCGUACGUUGGCAUCACGGGUCUCCACCGCCGUCUUGCGUCCGACCGCGUCAUGCCGGCGUUCUUUGCGGCCGAGAACAAGUGGCGCGGCACCAACCACUGGAUCAUUCUCGCCUUCUUCCUCCUCACGUCGUCGCUCGUCUUGCUUUUGAACGGCGACAAUGUCAUCCUCGGCGGUGUCUACACGUACUCGUUCCUCUCGCUCAUGUUUCUCUUUGCGAUGGGCUGCAUGAUGCUCAAGAUCAAGCGCCAAGACAUUCCGCGCGACGUCCACGCGCCGUGGUGGGCGUGCAUCUCGGGCGCGACGCUGAUUGCGGUCGGGUACUUUGGCAUCCUCCUCGGCGACCCGUCCGUGAUUGCCUACUUCUUCUACUACGCACUCGGCGUCGCGGUCGUCGUCUUUGGCAUGCUCUGGCGCGUCACGAUCUUGCGCUGCCUCAUCUUUGUUCUCAACUUCUGUGGCCCGUACGAGGCGGUUGUCGUCGCGCACGAUCCUCGCUUCUUUGAACGCGAGCACAAGCGCGUCUCGCUUCUCGUGCGAACGCUCAAGGCCAUCAAGGAGCAGCCAUUUGUCUUUUUUAUCAAGUCGCCCAACCUUACAUUGGUCAACAAGGUUAUUCUGUAUGUCCGUGCCAACGAAAUGACCGAGACGCUGCGAUUCGUGCACGUCUACCCCGAAGUCACGAUGGCAUCAGCCGACACGAUUCAAGCGCUUGCUGACGUCGUGGCUCUCUUUGACAGGAUCUACCCCAAGCUGCGAACGGACUUUGUCUCGGUCAAAGGGCCUUUUGAGCCGGCAACGAUCGAGUGGCUCAGUACAUACUGGCACAUGCCCACCAACAUGAUGUUCAUCAAGCAGCCGACCAAUACGACAGUGCACAGAGUGUCGUGUUGCGGUGUCCGCGUCAUUACGGGCUAG